CGAGCCGCACCCCGUGCCCUGCCCCUGACCCCGACGCAUACUAUGUUUUCGCCUGAUAAACCUCAAGACACCUCCCUCUAACCCCAGAGAGAUCUGCCAAUUCGCAUCCACCUUCCCAAUCCGGACAUCCUUUGUUGCUGUUGUUGCUGUUGCCAGCCAUGCCCGGCCUACUGCACUUUCCCAGGCGAACCGACUCGUCCUCGCCGCCUCCCUACCACAACCAUGCCGGCCUCACCGUCAACGAAGGCACUCUCCUCGCAAAGGUAAAGAGAGCCGCCUCGCCCAAGCCCCGAGCCCAUGCUCCCGAACGCCCCAACAUGGAGGCUCUGCGCCGCCACAGCCAUCUCGGCCGCCACAAGAACGAGAAGAAGAGUCAAACCAAGCUCGAGACGGCCAAGCCCGCAAAGAUCAGCCUCGCCGUCGAGUCGCCGCCCAUCGUCCUCUACAACUCGCCCGCCAAUUCCACCGGCGCCCUGUUCUCCGGCCAAUUGAAGGUCGAUGUCACCGACCCGACCAUUGUCGUCGACAAGUUCGACAUGAAGCUUCUCUCCACCACCACCACCAAGGAGCCCGUCUGCAAGCAGUGCCCCCAGUGCACCACCCAGUCCACCGAGCUCAAGUCAUGGUCCUUCAACCAAGAUGCCCUGCAUCUCAGCCAUGGCGACCACUACUUCCCCUUCAGCUACCUGGUGCCCGGCCACCUCCCCGCCACCACCGACAGCCCGCUCGUCGUCAUCGACUACCACCUGGAAGCCGAAAUCACCACCUCCACCGGCGAGGUCAUCACCUUCAGCCGCAGCAUCAACAUCAAGCGUGCCAUCCUUCCCGGAAACGACAAGCACUCCGUCCGCAUCUUCCCUCCCACCAACCUGACCGCCGCCGUCACUCUCCCCAACAUCAUCCACCCCAUUGGCGACUUCAACGUGGAGAUGCGCAUGUCUGGCCUCGUAGAAGAGAAGAGGGACAAGUCUACGACGCGCUGGAAGCUCCGCAAGCUCAACUGGCGCAUCGAGGAGCACACCAAGUUCACCUCCCCGGCUUGCCCCAAGCACGCCUCCAAGGUCGGAGGUGACGGCAAGGGCGUCCUGCACGAGGACACGCGCGUCAUCGGCACCGACGACGUCAAGCACGGCUGGAAGACGGACAUCCAAGCCGACACGAUCGAAGUCGAGUUCAACGCGAUGGUGAACCCCACCAUGAAGCCCGUGUGCGACGUGCAAGGCGAGAACGGACUCGAAGUGCGGCACAACCUGGUCGUCGAGAUGGUUGUAGCCGAGGAAUGGGCGCCGGACAACAAGCCGACGCAAAUCACGCCGACGGGCGCCGCCCGCGUCCUUCGCACGCAGUUCAAUUUGGUGCUGACGGAGCGCGCCGGCCUCGGCAUCUCGUGGGACGAGGAGCAGCCGCCCGUCUACGACGACAUCCCCGCUAGUCCUCCUGCCUACUCGUCGGAGCUGGCUCCGCGCAGCAGCGAGGACAUUGAGCGCCUUUCUCUCAACCACUCUUAAAAACCCACCCACCCACCUACCUACCUACCUCUCGAGCUUUUUCUUUCAACAACAUUCUGCGCUCACGCUUGUAACGAAUUUCCUUGAACUUUUUCUCAGAAGGAGAAGCUAGCUCAGUGGAUGCGGAGGAUAUACCCCAGCCUGUCAGAAUGGCAGCUCCUGCAUUGGCUAUCGCCCCAACAGUUUAUAAUCCGGAGUUUUCUUUUACUUGUUUUUCUUUGUCAUUGUUGUUGUCGUCGUUCUUGCGGGGGAAGAAAAGAAAAAGUUAUUGGUUUGGUUUUUUUU